GAGCAAUUGGUAUGUGGCAACUGUGAGGAGAGGUGAGGGCGGAUGUGUCACUUACGCCCGCACGUCCUCUCACUCUUCCCUCCACCAUUUACCAACACAAACAGCUGUCUUAACACCACGCCGUCCAAAUCCUUCUAUACUGCCCUCUAAAAUGGGUUGUUGCAAAUGUUGCUGUGUCCUCCUGCUGGUGACAAUCAUCAUCAUUGGUGCUAGCAUGGGUCUUUUUGCAGCAUUCUCCCCAUACCCAAGUCAUGCAUCAUGUCAUGUUGAUUGGGUAUUUGGCAAGUCCUGUUCUACUGUAAAAUCAACGCUUAUUAGUCAAAUAAAAACCUGGAGUCAUAAUAACUGUACACUCAAGCAACAGUGCAAAUAUGAGUACCUUGGUGAAGAGGAUAAUACCAUACGAGGCAUUCAUGUAACACCGUGGAUAGCUUUUGUUGAUAGAUUUAAUUUUACGCUUACUAAUGGGGAUGAUGGCAACUGUCAUGUUCAGGCUUUCAGUGAGUCAGCUGCUUACUUUGCUGUCAUUGACUUUGGAGUGAACUACUGCAAUCUACGUAAUUUAGUGAUUGGAUCAAAUCUGGAUGAGAACGAUAAUUACUUUAAGGAAAAUUCUACAAAUGCUGUCUGCACAAUGUAUUCCAUUGCACAUUGUAACUUGUAUACCUAAAGGCAUGCUCAUCUAGUAUUUGUUAGGUUACAAUUGAAGUUGGCUGCUAGGGUGAUAUGACAUAAAAUAGAGAUGUAAAUCAUUAUAUUUUAUUACAAAAUUUAUUACAAAAUUGUACUGUUUAACAUUUUAUAUUUUUAUAUUUUUCUCCAUUUAUGAAAGUGAAGUGGAAUAUUAGUUUUAAUUGCCUGAUGAUGCACAGAGAGAAUAAUUAUAUGUUCCACUUCAGCUGCAGGAUUUUUAAUAUAAAAAAGUAGGACCCCAAUAGUUUAUUUUAAUAAUUAGGUCAGAACUGUGCCAUGUUAACUCUUGUGUUUACAUCUGUAAUAAACACAGCAUGUGUGUUUAGAGAUCAGAGAGGAUUUUUGGUAAAACUGUUUGAAGGAGUUGGGUUUUCAAAGAUUUGUUUAAAUUUAAAACUUAAAUGGCGUGUUCUUUCUGAUGUAAUUGAAUUACAUUAAAUAAUACUUACAUGAAAA